AGUCACGCGGGUCAUUGUGGUCUUGUUCUGAACUGAAACUUGUACUUUGGUGCGAUAUCAGCCUAUUUUUACCGAAUUCAUCGCAUCUAAUCGCUCGGAACUUUAAUUAAAGAGGGCCGUUUACAGGAUUACUCCCUUAGAAGAUUAUGUAUUGACACUUGUAGGUUUGAUCUUCGAUAAAUCCACAUUUUAAACUGGAAUCAUAAAGCUUUUACACCUAGAACAGUUGGACAUUUAAGGACUUUCAAUGGCUGCGAGGGGAACGGCACAGCGCCCCAAUGGAGCUGUACAAGGAAAAAUAUGCCAGUUUAAAUUGGUACUUUUAGGUGAAUCUGCUGUUGGAAAAUCAAGUUUGGUUCUGAGAUUUGUCAAAGGGCAGUUUCAUGAGUAUCAAGAAAGCACAAUUGGAGCGGCAUUUUUAACACAGACAGUGUGUCUGGAUGACACCACAGUCAAGUUUGAGAUCUGGGACACAGCAGGUCAAGAAAGGUAUCACAGCUUAGCUCCAAUGUACUACAGGGGAGCACAGGCAGCAAUUGUUGUUUAUGACAUCACAAACCAAGACACUUUUGGCCGGGCAAAAACAUGGGUGAAAGAGCUUCAGAGACAGGCCAGCCCUAAUAUAGUCAUAGCACUUGCAGGCAACAAGGCAGACCUUUCAAGCAAGAGGAUGGUUGAGUAUGAGGAUGCUCAGUCAUAUGCAGAGGAUAAUGGUCUUCUAUUCAUGGAAACUUCAGCAAAGACUGCCAUGAAUGUGAAUGAUAUCUUCUUAGCAAUAGCAAAGAAAUUGCCCAAGAGUGACACCACAGCAGCAGGGCCUGCAGCUGGUGGACGACAGCCCAGAGGUGUUGACCUCAGGGAGCAGAAUGAACCACGAGAAAGUGGUUGCUGUAAAUAGUUACUCUUCCGAAAUCCCCUCUUAUACAAAUCAUGUAUAAAUGAACAAUGAACAAAGUGCAAACUAGAAUGUGGGUAAUGUUACACAAGCAAGAUCAACAAACUGCCCUGUGCAACAUUAAUAGUAAAUGUACACACUCUUGCCUUUAAUAUGCAGUAGUGAUUUAACAUAGCAUGCAAAAAAAAAAAAUUGACCAAUUUGUUUGUAACGUAAGGUGACAAACUCUUGUUGUAAUAUGAGAAAUAGUGAGAGUAGCUGAUAAUGAUAAUUUGUGGUAUAAGAUUUUUGUGGCAAUAGUUAUGUUUGUUCAUCUUGUCUGUGCUUUGUGUAAACUCAGCCCUCCCUACAUUCCAUUUGUUUUACUAACUUUUUAUAUAUCAAAUUUAAGUAGAAAAGGACUGGGUCUGUUGAUCUAAGGAAAACCUACUUGAUCUUAAAGUCUUAGCAGACAUUUGCAAAAUUCGCACAGAAAAGUGUAAUAAAAACCUUAACAGUGAUAGGAAUUUUUGAAACUCCCAGUGGCUUGUCAGGUAGUAUGUUAAUAUUGUGUUGCAGAGAAAGAAGUUAAAAAGUCUUCCAGAGAGCUGGCAUGAACUGUUUCACUCCAAAGACCCUAUACCUAAAUUUCUUUUCUGUGUUACAUACAUUUUCUCAUAUCUUAACUCUGAAAUUCUGGUCCCACACCAAGCCAAAUUCUCCUUAAGUAGAAGAUUCUCUCUCUUCUUGUACCAUUCCAGCCUAAAAGCAUAUCUAUUUUGUAAGGAGAAAUUACAUAUUCACCUCUCAACCCCUAGGAAUCAUAGGGUGUAAUUAUGGGUUGUGUUUGAAAGACCUCAUUGAAGAGUUAAGAUCCUGUGCAACUUGAUUACAUUAACAGCGGUGUAUUCCUUUUAAAUAUUUGCUGGGAAAAGUUAAAGAGAAUUAAUUACAGCACCUUUGUAGAAUAAUGAGGGAUAUAUACGCAAACAAGUUUCUGUGACUGAUCUCUUCAAUAAGCUUCUUCAAUUGUACCUUGUGAAAAACCACUGGCUUGCGAAUUGUAGCUUAGCUUCCCUUGUGUUCCCAGCCUUCACAAGUGUACUACUGGUGCUACGGCUCUCGAUAAAAUGACGAGUCUACAGUCUUAACUAGGCUCGUUGUUUGAGUAGUUUGUGGCAGUCAUAGAAUUUAGGAUACUUGUAAUAAAAUAUGGUACUGAC